AUGGUAUCCCGGGCAAGUGGGGGGAUUUCUGCAAUCCUUGCAGCGUUCCUUCUGCUGAGUCCAGCUUCGACUGAGUCUGGUGUGCGCGUGGAUCCUACGACCCAGAGCUUUGUAGACUCCACAGGGCGAAGCGUUCUCUUCCAUGGCAUCAAUGUAGUGGGCAAGAACUCGCGGAAAGAGCAGGAGCUCUCGGAGAAGCAGAUGGAUGUCAUGAAGGAUCUGGGUUUCAAUGUAGCGCGAGUGGGUUUGAGUUGGGAUUUGUACGAGACGGAGCCCGGCCUCUUCGACGAGACGUACCUGGACUUUGUGGAAGCGCAGGUGAACGCAUUGGGAAGGCGGGGCAUUCUCUCCUUCCUGGACAUGCACCAGGACCUUCUGGCCAAACAGUACUGUGGACACGGACUGCCUGAGUGGCACAUGUGGCCAUCGGAUUCAGACGACUUCCACAGAAAUGGCCGAUGGGCAUUUCCCCAGCCUGUGGCCAAACCGAAAUACGGUCCAAAUGAUACCUACUCAGGGCCAUAUGGUCGGAUCAGCAACUGCGGCGAAGCGGAGUCUGGAAAGAUCGGGUGGGCCGGGCUCUACAUGACCCGUGCCCUCUCCAACGCAGCCCAGCUCCUCUACAACAAUGAGUCGGGGAGGCUUGAUGCCUUCGCCGACUUCUGGCGCAAGGUCGCUCGUAGGUUCCGGAGCAAUGAGUAUGUCUUAGCCUACGAGCUCAUCAACGAGCCUUGGUUGGGCGAUGUCUUUGCAGAUGCUUCUCUCCUGAUUCCUUCUCGCGCUGACAAGGUGGGACUUUCUCACAGACAAGUCCCAAGAGCGGCAUCCGCAUAA